AUGGCAGUGAAAAUCAAAGGCCAGCUGAAUUUUCUCUCAUACUUGGUGAAAGUAUACAAGCAGAGAGGUUUACCAUUCAGGGACAAUCCACUAUUGGGAAACAAGCCGAUAUUGCAAGAGUACGACUUUAUAGUGGUGGGUGCGGGCCCGGCCGGUUGUGUAUUGACUCAUCGUCUGACAGAAGUUGCUCAGUGGAAGGUAUUGCUAUUGGAGGCUGGACUAGACGACAGCAUCUACUCGGACAUUCCUCUGUUCAACACGUACUUCCUGUACACAGAGCACAACUGGAACUACUUGUCAGAGUACCAGGAGACAGCGUGUCAGGGGAUGGUUGGCAAACGCUGCCCUUGGCCCGCAGGCAAGGGCAUGGGUGGUGGGACCAUCAUCAACGCAUUGAUUUACACUAGGGGGAACAAAUACGACUUUGAUCACUGGGCGAGCCUUGGAAAUAAAGGAUGGAGUUAUGAGGAGGUAUUGCCUUACUUCAUCAAAUCAGAGCAGGUACUUAUACCUCAGUAUAAGAACUCCACUCAUCACGGGCAUUCUGGUCUUUUGGGAGUGGACUUCCCUCCUUUUCACACUCCCAUCAGGGACGCAUUUAUGGAGGCUGGGAGGGAGGUGGGAUAUGAGUUUGUUGAUUACCACGACCCUGACACUCCAGUAGGGUUUUCUCCAAUACAAGCGACCAUGACAAAUGGUAGACGAAAUGGAGCCUCUAGGACAUUUCUACACUCUAUUAAACAAAGAAAAAACUUCCACGUAGUAGAACAAGCUCAUGUAACAAAAAUAUUGAUUGACCCGAUGAGCAAAAGAGCAUAUGGAGUAGAAUUUAUAAAAAAAGGACGUAAAAGAAAAGUAUUUGUACGAAAAGAAGUUAUUCUUGCUGCAGGGGCUUUUAACACACCACAAAUUCUCAUGCUCUCAGGUAUUGGCCACAAGGAUCAUUUGGAAGAAAUGGGGAUACCAGUUAUUAAAAACUCACCUGUUGGUGACAAUUUACAAGAGCAUAUAAGCAUGGCUGGACUAGCUUUUAUGGUAAAUCAGAAAGUAGGAGUAGUCACACGGAGAUAUUUACAAAAUAUUCGUCGAUUCGCUUUGGAUUGGAUAAUAAACAAACGAGGACCCUGGACUUCCCUCGGUUGUGAAGCACUCGGCUUUAUAAAGACUAAAUACGCUAAUGACAGCAAGUAUCCAGAUAUCGAAUACAUAUUCCUUCCUGUAUCUCUCGGAUCCGAUGGCGGUGCUUCAUUGAGAGUAGGGAUGGGAGUGAGUGAUGAAAUGUACAACGCAGUAUGGAGUAACAUAUCUGAGCUAGACGCGUGGAGUAUUUGGCCGAUGAUUCUGUACCCAAAAAGUCGUGGAAAGGUUAGAUUACAGAACACUAAUCCUUUGACACCACCUAAACUGUACCCUAAUUUCCUCACACACCAGUACGACAUUGAUGUUUUAUCAGAGGCACUCAGGCUUAUAGUAGAACUGAGUAAAACCAAAGCUUUUCAAAAGUUGGGUUCUGUGGAAUACAAAGUGAGGUUUCCCGGUUGUGUCCAACACGAGUACGGGUCCCGAGACUACUGGGCCUGUACAGUACGCUACCUGACUACACAGCUGCACCACCAGUGCGGCACAGCCAAGAUGGGGCUCGCCUCAGACCCGGGAGCCGUGGUGGACCCAGCUCUGCGGGUUUACGGGGUGUCUGGGCUGAGAGUGGCGGACACCUCCAUCAUGCCUACCAUCACCGGGGGCCACACCAUGGCUCCGGCCUACAUGAUCGGGGAGAAGGCUGCCGACAUGAUCAAGGACACCUGGCUGCAAACCAUCAAGUAG